CCUGAGGGCCCCUGGCCCCCGGAGGGCCCCUGGUCGGUCAGACCCGCAGCCCAGCGGUCCGGCCUGCCUCUCAGGGAGCUGGCCGCUACCCUGCAGGAGAAGAGAGCCGAACGGGCCUCCAGGGGCCGGCCGGGGCCCCACAGCCUCAGUGCCUGGGAGGCCUGGGGCCCCGCACACAUCAUCCACCCCCGGAGGCUGGGCCCCUGGGCCGGAUGGGAGGCCCUCGGCCGCCUGCAGCUGUGGCGCGGCGCGCUGCACACCGUCGAGAGCCGGUUUGGGGUGGGCAUCAAGGCGUACUUCGUCUUCCUCAGGUACCUGUUGUACAUGAACCUGCUCCACAGUGUGUUGGUCCUGGCCUUCAUCCUGGGGCCCGCGGCAGGGGAAAUAGGGGCCAGCUUCAAUGCUUCUCUCGGCUUUCUUUACACCAACGCAUCAUUGGACAUUCUCCUUGGAACUGGCUUCCUGGAGAGAUCUCCUGUCUUCUACGGGUUCUACUCCUCCAGCUCCUCCACCCACCCCUGCCUGAACCCAGCGCUGCUGUACCUCACAGCGGUCCUCGUCAUCUUCAGCCUCAGCCUCAUCGUGCUGGUCCGCAGGAUGGCGGUGGCCUACAGGCGCAGCUGGUUGCUGGGGCAACGCCACGCGGUGAACCUGAGCCUCCGGGUGCUGAGCGGCUGGGACUUCACCGUCCAGGACCCCACCGCCGCCGCCCUGAUGCACGGCCUCAUCAGGAACCACCUGAAGCUCUACCUGCAGGAGCAGGCCUUCAGCCUGCGCGAGGCUCAGAGGACCCUGCCUCAGUGGGGGGUGCUCUACACGCUGAGGGUCUCGCUCAACCUCUUCGUUCUGUCUCUGCUGGGAGGAGCCUUCGCCCUCAUCUACUCCUCCACCGUGUGGUCCAAUGAGAAGCUCUGUGUCGAGGCUGGGUUCUGGCGCACUCUGCUGUUCCAGUAUCUCCCGGCCGUCACCAUGAACCUGGUCAACCUGCUCCUCCCUCACGUCUUCAGGAAGGUCUCCUCUCUGGAGGACUACUCCCUCUCCACUCAGGUCAACGCCACCUUCAUGAGGAGCAUCUUUCUGAAACUGGCCUCGCUGGGAAUCUUCUUGUUCUUCAUAUUUAAAACCGACCGCCAACAAGGAGACUCGUGUUGGGAGAACCAGUUUGGGAGAGAGAUGUACAAGCUGGUGAUGCUGGACUUCAUGGCCAGUAUCCUCAUCACUCUGCUGGUGGACCUUCCCACAAGGAUGCUAAAGAACACGUGUCCGUCAUGCUGGCUGGCGCGGUUGUCAGGGAAACAGCGAUUCCAGGUCCCGUUCAACGUCCUCAACCUGGUGUACAACCAGACGGUGCUGUGGGCCGGCGUGUUCUACUGCCCCCUGCUGCCGCUCUUAGGCACUGUCAAACUGGUGACGCUGUUCUACUUCAAGAAGUUCAAAGUGCUGCGCUGCUGCGCUCCGGAGCAGAGGAUGUUCAGAGCCGCCAGUUCAUCGGUCCUGUUCCACUUCAUGCUGCUGCUGGGCCUCUUCAUGGUGGCAGGCACCCUGGGCCUGGACGUCACGAGGUCCAGGUCCAAGCCCUCCCCCUGCGGGCCCUUCGCGGGCGGCAGUGUGCUGAACUCGACGGGCGUGUGCGUGGCCAGCCUCCCAGGGCCGCUGCAGUCCAGCCUCCGCUACCUGGCCUCCGGGCCCUUUGUGGUGCCCCUCAUCAUGGCGGAGAUGUUGAUCCUAAACUACUUCUUCAUUCUGAGGCGAGCCAACCGGAGCGCGGCCGAGCGCCUCAAGCACCUGCUGGUGACGUCUAGUGCAGAUAAGCGUUUCCUGGUGAUGGUGUUGGGAGAACUUAGCGCCGACACGAAGAGCGACUCUUUAAACCUCUCCGGCCGGACAGUACAGCUACUGGACCCCCCAGUGGACCCCCAGCUGACCCCAUAA